UUGAAUCCUCACAAUUUGGAAGGCGUCUUAAUACACGCCGCUCAUAGAUUUUCCUUCCUUUCUUCAAUCUUCCUAGUUCUACAAUUUCUUUCUUUUAGCCUUCGUAAAUCUCUGAGAAAAUGAGAGAGUGCAUUUCGAUCCACAUCGGUCAGGCCGGUAUUCAGGUCGGCAAUGCGUGCUGGGAACUCUACUGCCUCGAGCAUGGCAUCAAGCCUGAUGGCCAGAUGCCGAGUGACAAGACUGUCGGCGGAGGAGACGAUGCAUUCAACACCUUUUUCAGUGAAACUGGUGCUGGGAAGCACGUUCCUCGUGCCGUCUUUGUUGAUCUGGAACCCACUGUCAUUGAUGAAGUGAGGACCGGAGCAUACCGCCAGCUUUUCCACCCGGAGCAACUCAUCAGCGGCAAGGAAGACGCUGCCAACAACUUUGCCCGAGGCCAUUACACCAUUGGGAAAGAGAUUGUUGAUCUUUGCUUGGACCGGAUCCGGAAGCUUGCAGACAAUUGUACUGGUCUUCAAGGCUUCUUGGUUUUCAAUGCCGUCGGUGGUGGUACCGGUUCUGGUCUUGGAUCGCUUCUUUUGGAGCGUCUCUCUGUCGAUUAUGGCAAAAAGUCAAAGCUUGGUUUCACUGUCUAUCCCUCACCUCAGGUUUCCACAUCCGUUGUAGAGCCCUACAACAGCGUCCUUUCUACCCAUUCCCUCCUUGAGCAUACUGAUGUUGCCGUGCUUCUUGACAAUGAAGCUAUCUAUGACAUCUGCAGGCGCUCCCUUGAUAUCGAGCGCCCUACUUACACCAAUCUUAACCGCCUUGUCUCUCAGGUGAUCUCGUCCCUGACUGCCUCCUUGCGGUUCGAUGGAGCCUUGAAUGUUGAUGUGACGGAGUUCCAGACCAACUUAGUUCCCUACCCCAGGAUCCAUUUCAUGCUUUCCUCCUACGCACCUGUCAUCUCCGCCGAGAAGGCGUACCAUGAGCAACUUUCAGUGGCUGAGAUUACCAACAGUGCUUUUGAGCCGUCUUCCAUGAUGGCAAAAUGUGACCCCCGCCACGGCAAAUACAUGGCUUGCUGCUUGAUGUACCGUGGCGAUGUUGUGCCCAAGGAUGUGAAUGCAGCUGUGGCCACCAUCAAGACCAAGCGCACAAUCCAGUUUGUUGACUGGUGUCCUACUGGAUUCAAGUGCGGUAUCAAUUACCAGCCACCCACUGUUGUUCCAGGAGGCGACCUUGCCAAGGUGCAGAGGGCUGUGUGCAUGAUCUCCAACUCAACCAGUGUUGCUGAGGUGUUCUCUCGCAUUGACAACAAGUUUGAUCUCAUGUAUGCCAAACGUGCCUUUGUGCACUGGUAUGUUGGUGAGGGCAUGGAGGAAGGAGAGUUCUCCGAGGCUCGUGAGGAUCUGGCUGCACUGGAGAAGGAUUAUGAGGAGGUUGGUGCAGAGUCUGCUGAGGGAGAGGAUGGUGAUGAAGGAGAUGAAUACUAAUAGUUGGAACUGCUUUUGUAUGACUGCUAUAAUAUGAUGGUUGUUUCCUUUUAAAUUUUUAAUGUUGCUGGGCCUGUAUGUGCUUUUUGCACAGACUUGGUUGUAUCAAUAACUAUCUUUCUAUGCUUUCACGCAUAGUUGUGUCUCAA